AUGAAGCGCAAUCCAUCGCGAGCACCAUCGCCCACACCUACGGCCUACUCAGGUAUCUCCAGUUACCGAACGGAUUCCUACCGUCCGAUCCGAGACCGCAACGUGCCUUCAGUACCGACGAUUGAUUAUCGUAUGGUUUCAAAGGUGCACUUUGAAGAACUCUCAUCUUAUCUUGCCGCAUAUUUGGCACGGUCACCUCCGAACUCGCGGUCGAGCGCACGGCAGAAGCUCACGAGGCUGACGAUACAGCAGUUCCAUGAACUAUCAACUGAUGUAUACGAUGAACUUGUUCGACGGAAGAAGGAGAAUGAAAUUCCUUUCCUUCCUGUCCGAGAAGAAUUCCACCCGAAACGCAACCAGGCCCGGCAAAAGUUAGCCACCCUCCCGACCUCGCGCUUCGAAGACCUAUCGAGUGAUGUGUACUUCGAGCUUGCGAGAAGAUACCCGGAGUUCAAAGAAGACCCAAGCGGCGAGCCAUCCCCAGGCUCAAACUACGAUGAUUACCCAGCUCCUGACUUCCCUUCAAACCGUCAAGCUCCUCCGAGUGGUCGGACAUCCGCGGGACGUACAUCUGAGGAUCGGGAUCGCCCCAGUGACAGCGGAUACGGAAGUGUAACAGGGUCUGGUCGACGACCCUCAGAAGAUCGACGGAGGCCCAGCGAGUCUGACUUCGCUGUGAAUAAUUCUGGUCGCCGAAGUGCAGACAACUAUGGCCCUGGUAGGUCAAGUGAAGACGGUUAUGCCCCCAGCGCAUCAUCUCGCAGAAAGCCCUCUCAAGACACCACGAGACGAUUAGACGAUCGCGACUAUAUGGGUCGGGCUGGAUCCUCUAGUGUCAGUGGCGGUAGCGACUCGACAGCCAACGCUCAGAGCGCUACGGCCACCAGCGGGAUGAUUAUACCCCAGAAGAGCACCAUGGCUGAAGAAGAGAUCAAGGUCCCGUACGGGAGGGACGUCAGAGAGAGCAGUAGUAGCGUGAUGGAAGCGCAGGACGGGAGUAGGAACCGAAAUCAGGGCGACGGAGGGUUUACAGACCAGGAACCGGAUACCGCUAGUGAGUAUCCUAGUCCAAUGACUCCACAUAGUCCACCUGCUGGGUUGAGUGGGCUGAGUGCUCGGCUGAUGGGUGUGGAUGACGACGACGAGGCGCCAGGGAAUAGGAGCGGCGAAGACUACAUGGAUAGGUAUAGUCGAAACUCCACUACUCCAGAACGGGCGGGCAGUAGUGGGGUGGGAGCCAUUUCGCGAUUGCAGAAUGGGAGGGCAAGCGUCACAGAGGAUCAAGAGCGGAUACGGCGAGAUUACGAGUACAAAAUCGCUACGAUGCAAUCGCAGAUCACGAACUUGCAGCGGGAUUUGGGGGACGCAGGAGAGAAGGAGAAGAUGUUCAAAGAUGGGGAGUCAAGGGUACAACAGCUGGAGGAUGAGUUGGCAACCUUCCGACGGCGUGCGGAAGAGCAAGGUUCUGCCAUGAAAGCUCUUCAGAAGGAACUCGACGAACUUCGUGAGACACGCGCCAGAGAAAAGGAACGCGAGGCCAGACGCGCCCGUGAAGAUGAGGAAGAGCUCCAAAUUCUUCGUGACCGCUGCGAGAAGUUGGAAGACGAGCGAGUUAACUUCCAGGGCGGUGCCGAUGCCGAGGUUGUCGACCAGCUCCGCUCUGACAUGGAGGGACUUCUGACAGAGCUGAAUGAUCUGUCGAGACGUAACGACGAGUUGAUGACCGCCAAGGACGCAGACCUGAUAGUAAUCCGCGAUCUCGACAAUCAGCUCAAGGAGUACAAACGCAAGUAUGAGCAGGCAAAGACGGAGCUUCGAAGCGUGAAAGCCACCUCCCAACUCUACAGUCAAGCGCCCAAACUGGACAAAUCGGACGAUCAGCUGCCCGUUUCUCCGGAAGGCGGCCUACUCGACAUCCAUGUCACUGCGUUUGUAUCAGCUAUCGACAGUCUCUUGGUUGCUGGCCGAUCAAACGCGCCCACAAGGGUGCUUACACCUAUGAAAGCUAUCGUCAAUACUGUAUCAGCGAUCAUUGAGGAUGUACGUACGUACGAACGGCGCUCGCCGCGGGAUCGCGCAGACGUGGAUCUUGAAGCCCUGCGCGCUCUCCGUGAACGAGCAGACGCCACCCUUAGCAACCUCACAACGGCAGCAAGGACUCAUGCCACAAGCUCUGGGAUGUCUCCCGUCAGUUUGCUUGAUGCUGCUGCUAGUCACGUAUCCGCCACUAUAACGGAAAUCGGCAAGACGAUCCUCAUCCGAAAGGCGACCCGGGCAGAGCAGGAGCAAUUCUCCCCCUCAGGCUCUUCGGGACCUUCAAGUACUAAUGGGUACUCACCCGCGCUACGGUCUGUCGAUGAACUACGGAGCUCAGCAUCACAUACAAGGAAAGCCAGUAGCUCUUCUUCAACCCGAGGCGCAGGCGUCGGUAGUUCACGUCUUGCAGAGUCGCCCUCGAAUUUCUCGUUUGACGCCCGAAGACAACCACCAUCUGACUACUCAAGCUCGGACACAAAUUCCCCUCCACCUAUAUUCGAUCGCCAAACGCGGAGUACAGGCGGGAUGGUCAGCGACGAUUCCGGCGUUGCUGAUGGUGGGGAAGAUGCUUGGGCUGAGCUUAAACCUUACUUGGAAGCUCAAACUGAGUCCAUCGUAUACGCCAUCCAGAGCGUGCUGUCUGGGGUACGAAGUCCAACACCACCACCAACCCUUAACGAAAACCUAACGCAAAUCAUCACCAUCGUAUCGAGCAUUGUCGCCGUAUGCAACGACAACCUCCCACCAGCAAAUGCCCAACAGGGCAAUGACAUACUACGCGAGCUCAGCGAGCACGCCAACAAACUCAGCGAAGUCCAAUCUAUGCCUGAGGUCACCAAAGAAUCACGACAGAUAAUGGCGAAAUCGAGUUUCGCCAUUGCAAACGCUAUGAAAGGAUUGAUGAAGCUAUGA